UGUCCUGUUUGUGUGCAUCACGCAUGCCUUACACAUGUGCUUUACCCACAGAAGGUCUUUGAAUGAAGCCCCAGAGGAACCACAUACGCGUCACAAUGGCGCCUCCAGUGGCAGCAGAGUGGGUUGCAAAGACCAACACUGUGAAUUUACCCAUUGUCGGACGAAUAAGUUUUCUACUCGGUGUAGAUGAAGGAACUCUGUGAGCGACGACGUCAACAGAACUGAUUCAGCUGAUACCUGUGCUGGACAGCUCCCUGCCACAGCUGACUGAUGGCGUUGCUACCUCCACUCAUCACCCCGCUGUCAUCUCCUAUAGGCUCUGGUCCAAACUGAAAGGAUGGAUCAAAGCUUCCCAUUGCUCUCCGAAGCCGCCAAGAUCAAAAGGUACAUGGCAGGAAGGACUACAACCACUGCACUACCAUCACCCAUUGCAAGGUGGUGCCUCAUAUCUACCGGGCCAUUGCAUCGAGACACCUCCCACAGAAGGACGUCAAGAUGGUUCAUCUGGACUCCCAUCCUGACCUGCUGAUUCCUGUCAACAUGCCAGCUGACACGGUCUUCGAUAAGGAGAAGCUUUUUAGUGAGUUGAGUAUAGAAAACUGGAUAAUGCCCAUGGUCUACGCGGGCCAUGUGUCCUGUGUGGCCUGGCUGCAUCCUUAUUGGGCUCAGCAGAUUCCAGAGGGGGAGCACAGUAUGGUCGUAGGCAGAGAUUCAUCCACCACCACCAUCAGGGUGACCAGCACAGACACCUACUUCCUAAGUGACGGCCUCUACGUCAGUGAGGAGCAGCUGGAGAACUCCAAACCUCUCAGACUCAGUGUGGUCCGAGUCAAUCCUGUCCACGCAGCUCACCAAUCACUCAAAGACCAAAAAACACGGGAAAACACAGCGACAUGGUCCAGGAAGAGGAGCCGGACAGAGUGCGCUCAGGCGGGAGAAGGCAGUUCAUGUGAGCUCUUCCUAGCAGCCACUGGCACAGUUAAACCAGAAGAGGGCAGCAACGUCAAGACAGAACAGCGGAUGCACGACGCAGCUCAGAGAGAGGACGUUGAUAACGAAGGAUCGAUCGACUAUGUUGCUAAGAGGAUGUCAUCGUGUUUGACUGAGACAGAGCCGUUCAUAUUAGACAUUGACUUGGAUUUCUUCUCAUGUAAGAAUCCUUUCAAGGAAUUGUACACACAGGAGGAAUAUACCAUCCUGAAAGAACUCUACAGCUUCACAGGACCUGGCCCCGAUGCUGAUGAGGAGGAGCUGGAUGAGGUUGUGAGCAGACGUACACAUCAGUUGGAGGAUCUGGAAGCAGCCUUCGCUGACCUGAUUGACAACGAUGAAGAGGAGACGGUGAGACGCUGGGCCAGUAAUCCUGGGAUGAGCUCAUUAGUCCAGCUGGUUCAUAGUUUAAAGUCCAGAGACCCAUGUCCUGACUAUGAAAUGGUCCAUCAGGCAGGGUUGACCUGUGAUACCGUUGAGCUGCCACACCAUAUCAGCCCUGAGGAGGAGAUCGACAGACUCAUCUGUGCAGUACAGCUGGUUCUUUCAACUCUGCCCAAACCCACGUUUGUCACCAUGUCCAGGUCCAGUCUGGAUGAAUACUGCCCCAUAGAACAGGUGGACUCAAUUCAGGACAGAGUGUUGACUGUGGUGGAGACCCUGUACGGUCCACUGGACAUACACAAAGAGUAUGAAGACAGCAGCACAGAGACUGUGCAGCCGCAGCCACAGGCCUCUUAACAGACUACCACACUGAGGCUUUUUCUAAUGUCUCAUCACAGGCCAUAUAUGUGGGCCACAAGUGGCCCCCGGGCCGGCAGUUUGGUGCCCCUGCUCUAGCGAGAAUGAAGAUUAUGAAACCUAAUUAAAAUGGUGUUUUUGCUGACUCCAAACCCAAGAUUUUUGUAGUGUUGGGUUUUAUGAAGUCAAUCUCAAAUAUCCAACACACAGGGUCACAAACAUGAGUGUUGGACGUGUCAUUGUCAUCUGUCAUCGAAAACUACUCAGUGAUGAAGAGCCACUUCCUACUUUGUUGUUGCUCUGAUCAGAGCCUGUCGUGUAGUUAACGUGUGUACUGUGAAUUAUUUGACAUGGAUGCACUAAUGAUUUAGCUUCUGUUAGCCUGGCUGUAGGCUAGCAGCAGAGGUCACCAAGGUGACUUGGCCAGGUUAGCUUGUCCUUUUGUGCAAUCGACAGAAUAAGUUCAGCCAGGACUCCAUUUUUAUUUUG